AUGGCGAUCAAAACCGCCAUGAUUGCAGCAUGCUUCUUCCUAAGUGCGUCGGCGUCGUCGUCGUCGUCGUCGGCGGCGGCGGCGGCAGUGAAGGGGUGCACGGAAGAGCUAAUAUCGUUCUCGUCGUGUCUGUCGUACGUGUCUUAUCCGCCGAACAACUUAACAGAAAGUGCGUCGGAGAAGUGCUGCAACGCCUUCUCCGCCGCCGUGGAAUCGCUUUGCAUGUGCUAUCUUCUCCGCGACCCUCUCAUCCUUGGCUUUCCUCUCAACACUACCAGAAUCCUCUCCCUCUCUUCCCUCUGCCCCUCCCAAACCCCAACCUCCUUAACCUUUCUUUGCUCAGAAUCAAUGGCUCUACCUCCUCUCAGCAGCGCACCAACUUCAGAUCUAGGGACUGCUGCUGCUAGGUCAGGGUCAGGAUCAGGGUCAGGGUCAGGGUCAAGGUCAAGGUCAGGGUCGCGAUCACGAUCAAGGUCCCGCGGUAAAAGAGGAUCUUCGGGAAAAGCAGUACCCACCAGCAGCGGAGCAGGAAUACCCUUUUUCUGUCGUUCUCAACGGCCACUCAACACUACGCUAUUCUCUCAAAUAUUAGCCGUCCUUGUUACACUCCUUAACACGUGA